AAGAAGCCUGCCUGGUGCCAGUGGUGAGGAACAGAUGCUCAUGGAUUCGAUCCAGUAUUUUAGCCCGCGACUCCCGCAGCCCCCUUAUAUAUGGGCCUCGCGCGAGAACCGGCUCGGGCCAGUCGAACCCUGUUGGCCGCCGAAGAAAUCUUCAACCUGACCUUGGUCGCAGUCUGUGCGCAGCAUCAAUGGCUCUAGUCGAGCACGUCUUUUCCGUCUGGGCCGUCCCGGUGGCGUUGGGUCUCGUCGUUGCUUCCUAUCUUUACUCGUACUUCGUCACGCACAGCCAUCUGCGAGGUAUUCCCGCUCCCUUUGGCGCACAGUUCUCAAACCUGUGGCUCUUUUUCGCUGCGCGCAGAGGUAAGCGGUACAGAACGGUUGACGACGCCCACCGGAAGUACGGCAAGGUCAUUCGGAUCCAGCCAAAUCAUGUCAGUAUCCAAGACGACACGACGGCCAUAGCCGCCAUAUACGGUCACGGAAACGGCUUUCUGAAAUCGGAUUUCUACGCGCCGUUCUUGUCCAUUCGACCGGGGCUUUUCUCGACCCGGUCUCGCGCUGAACACGCACGCAAGCGCAAGCUGGUGUCACACACCUUCUCCGCCAAGUCCGUCGUUCAGUUUGAGCCCUAUAUGCAGGAGAAUCUGCGGCUCUUCGUCAGCCAGCUCGACCGGCUCAUCGAUGAGAGCCCAUCAAAGAACGCUGCGGGGGCCCAAGAGGCGCACCUGGACAGCCUCUCGUGGUUCAACUUCCUCGCCUUUGACAUCAUCGGGGACUUGGCGUUUGGCAAGCCGCUGGGCAUGCUGCGUGCGGGUGUCGACCUGACCGAGGUCAAGCUGUCCCCCGAUGCACCGUCCCUGUACCUGCCCGCCGUGGACAUUUUAAAUCGACGCGGGGAAGUCAAUGCAACGCUGGGUUGCCUACCGCAGCUGAGACCGUACGCAAAGUAUCUCCCGGAUCCCUUCUUUAGCAAGGGCGUCAACGCGGUGCAGAACCUGGCCGGCAUCGCGAUCGCGAGGGUCAAGGACAGGAUAGAAAACCCGCCCAGCGUGGAGCGCACCGAUCUGCUUGCACGACUGAUGCAAGGGCGAGACGACAAGGGCGAGGCGCUGGGCCUGGAGGAGCUGACGGCGGAGGCGCUCACUCAACUCAUCGCGGGCAGCGACACGACUUCCAACUCGUCGUGCGCCCUGAUGAACUACGUGGUCCGGCAUCCGCGUGUGAUGAAGAAGCUCCAGGAUGAGCUAGAUGCUGCCAUCCCAGACGGCGUCGAUGUGCCCACGCACGACAUGAUCCGCGACCUCGAGUAUCUUGACUUCGUCUUCAAGGAGACGCUCCGUCAUCACUCCACGUCCGGCAUCGGAUUGCCGAGGCUGGUGCCGGCCAACUCCUCCGGCGUGACCAUCUUGGGCCACUACUUUCCACCCGGCACCGUCCUCAGCGUGCCUACCUAUACGAUCCAUCACUCCGCCGAGAUAUGGGGGCCUGAUGCGGAGGAAUUCCGGCCAGAGCGGUGGGAAGCGGUGACGCCUCGGCAGAAGAACGCCUUCAUCCCCUUCAGUCACGGCCCGCGGGCGUGUGUUGGGAGGAAUGUGGCUGAGAUGAAGAUGAAGCUCAUCGCGGCGACAUGGGUGCGGAGGUAUUCCGUAUGCCUGAGGCAAGGAGAAAUGAAGACGAGUGAAGGGUUCUUGAGGAAGCCGCUCAGUCUCGAUGUUGGCCUCUCACGACGUUGA